AUGUUUCAAGAAAAAUCUAAAUUCAGGUUUUUAAAGAGAUUAAAUAAUAAUAAUAAUAAUAAUAAUUCAAAUUUUAGAAGAACUUAUUCUUCAACUGAUAAAAGCAAAAAAGACGAUAAUAAAAAGUUUCAGAAGAAAAAAAGUAAUAAUAAAAUUUCAAAAAAGGAAUAUAGAGCUAGAUUAUUAGCUUCUUUAUCACGAACGUCAACUGGUCGUUGGGUACCACCUUUUCCUCCUCCUCAAAAAAUCAAACGAAAAGAGUUAAAAGAGUUAAAAGAAUCUGAAGAAUCAAAAGAAUUCAAAGAAAAAACCAGAGGUAGAAAUAAAAAAUCCAAAAAAAAACAAUCAACAAAAUCACCUAAAAAAUUUAAUCCAAAUAAAAAACCAAAGAUGCGAUGGACCGAAGAAGAAGAUAAUUAUUUACUCUCAUUAAUAAAAAUUCAUGGUGAAAAUUGGGAAAAAUUAUCAGAAAUUCUAGAACAAGAAUCCUGGAAAAAAAUUAAAGAAUUAUUUCCUAAUCGAACGAUACAAGAAUUAAAAAAUAAUUAUUUUCAAUAUGGUAGCUUAAAUCCCAAAAGUGAUAAACCAAUUGUGAAUGUUGGAAUGUGGUCAAAACAAGAAUUAAAAAGAUUCGAAAAAGCAUUAGAUAAAUAUGCUAAUAAUUUUAAGGAAUAUGAAUUAGAUGAUUUUAAUGAAUUAUGGAUAAAUAUUAGUAACGAAGUUAAAACAAGAAGUGAACGACAAUGUCGUAAAAUGUAUUACUGGCAACAUAGUAGACCAUAUGAUUAUGAAAGAAUAAAAUUUCACAACAAAUAA